UUUUAGUUAGGUUUGUUGACAAAAUUUUGAAAUGGGGGUUCCAGCAUUUUUUAGAUGGUUGACCAGAAAAUAUCCUUCCGUGAUAGUAGAUUGUAUUGAAGAAUCGGGAGAAGAUGGAAAAGAAGUGGAUUCCUCUAAGCCUAAUCCAAAUGGAGUGGAAUUCGAUAAUUUAUAUAUUGAUAUGAACGGCAUAAUACAUCCUUGUACACAUCCAGAAAACAAACCAGCUCCUAAAGAUGAAGAUGAAAUGAUGGUAGCAAUUUUUGAAUGCAUUGAUAGACUUUUUAAAAUUGUAAGGCCCCGUAAACUUCUUUACCUAGCUGUAGAUGGUGUUGCCCCAAGAGCAAAAAUGAAUCAACAACGGUCAAGAAGAUUUAGAGCGGCUAAGGAAACAGCUGAGAAAGUUAACCAGAUUGCUAUGAUUAGGUCUCAGCUGGAAGCCAAAGGUGUAAACUUACCCCCAGAAAAGGAUAAAUCUAGUCAUUUUGAUAGUAAUUGUAUAACUCCUGGUACAUCUUUUAUGUCUCGUCUUACAGAGUGUUUAAAUUAUUAUAUACAUGACAGAUUGAUCUCUGAUCCAGGUUGGAAAAAUAUUAAAAUUAUUUUGUCAGAUGCUAGUGUUCCAGGAGAAGGCGAACACAAAAUUAUGGAUUUUAUUAGGAGACAAAGGGCUCAUCCUGAUCAUAAUCCAAAUAUUCAUCAUUGUUUAUGUGGUGCUGAUGCUGACUUGAUAAUGCUUGGUCUAGCUACUCAUGAACCUUACUUUACUAUUAUUCGGGAGGAGUUUGUAAUGAAUCAGACUAAACGUUGUGAUCUCUGUGGUCAGACUGGACAUGAAUUGACUGAAUGUAAAGGCUUGAUUGAUGAUGUGGAUAGUUUAUCUUUACCUACUUCAAUGGGCGCUCCUACUAGGUAUAUUUUUGUUAGGCUUAAUGUUCUAAGAGAAUAUUUAGAAGAAGAAUUAAAAAUGCCAGACUUACCUUUUGAAUAUAACUUUGAAAGAGCAUUAGAUGAUUGGGUAUUUAUGUGCUUUUUUGUGGGUAAUGACUUUUUACCUCACUUACCAUCUCUUGAAAUUCGUGAAGGAGCAAUUGACAGGCUUGUUAUGCUUUACAAGAAGACUGUUUAUCGAACAGGUGGAUUUAUUACUCAUAGUGGUGAUGUUAAUCUUGAUAGAGUACAGUUAAUUAUGACUGAUCUUGGCCAGGCUGAAGAUCAAAUAUUUCACAAACGACAGAUAAAUGAGAGGAAUUUCAGACAGCGUUUAAAGCAAAAAAAAUACCAGGAAUUGCAAAAAAAACUGUUUGAGCACAAUUUUAAAGAGGAAGUGGAGGGGUAUUUUGAUAUUGAAGAGGAGCCUGAACCAGUAGAUGAGGUGAAGCUUUGGCAAAGAGGUUAUAAAGAGAGAUAUUAUAACCUUAAAUUCAAUAUUGAUGGAAACAAUCCAGAAGAAACCUGCAAAAUAGGCUUUGAGUAUGUUAUUGGUUUAUGCUGGGUUCUAAAAUAUUAUUAUCAGGGUUGUGCUUCAUGGAAAUGGUAUUAUCCUUAUCAUUACGCUCCAUUCGCUUCUGAUUUUGUUAAUAUUGCACGUUCUAAUACUUGCUUUGAAAAGAAUACUCAUCCUUUCUCUCCAUUUGAACAACUGAUGAGUGUAUUUCCUGCUGGAAGUUCUACACUUGUGCCACCUACUUGGGCUGAUUUGAUGACUAAUCCAAUGUCACCUAUAUUAGACUUUUAUCCCAAAGAUUUUAUGAUUGAUUUAAAUGGAAAGCGUUAUGCAUGGCAAGGUGUGGCAUUAUUACCAUUUGUUGAUGAAAAUAGAUUAAGAAGAGGACUAGCUCCUGUUUACAAAGAUCUCACCGAGGCUGAAGUUAAACGGAAUAAAUUGGGUCAUGAUCGUUUAUAUGUUGGGAUGGAUGCAGAUUGCUUCCAAUUCAUUAAUGAAUUAGAUCCUCAGAUUUAUCAGAAAAAGAAAGCACCUUUAGUAUCCGAUGGUGCUUAUGGAUGUAUAUAUAUAGUUCACGAGGAAUUUUAUCAAGGAGAAAGUAUUCCUUCUCCUGUGCGAGGUCUUAAUGCUAUAAAAAGGAAUUCGGCCAUUUGUGUUGCUUUCUGUGACCCUCAGUAUUCAGAAGAUUAUAAAUUUAAAUCUACUCGCCUAGAAGGAGUUAUUGAACCUCCUCGAGUACUGAAGUCCAAAGAAUUGGGGAACCAACAAUUAUCAAAUAAUUGGCGAGGGAAAAAUAAUUUUCAACAUGCAUGGGAUGCUAAUAAAUUCCAAGAAAGAAAUAACCCUCGUCCCAUUAUUGGUAUGGUUCCUCAAACUACCCAAGCUACUUUGGGUGAUGCUUCUUACAGGAUGAUGAGACAUAACCUUGCUGCUCCUUCACUUAUUCCAUUAGGUGGAGGUUGGCAACGGGCUGCGAGGCCAGGUGGAUUUAAUACAGGAAGACCCUUUAUUAGGCACAACCAUGGAAGAGGUGAAGGUCGUUACCGACCCUACAGAACGAACCCCGUAGAAUUAGGAAGCAGGAUGAGAAAUAACGGUAAUUUCCAAAGCAAUGCCUCUUAUCCGCCCCAUCAGAAUAAUAAUAUGUUUGGAUACAAUGAACCACGAGGAAGAGGUAUGGGAAUGACAAGACCUAUGAGGCACCCUUACCCCAGAAGAUAAUUUUUUGAAACUACUUAAAUUUAAGUCUUUCACUUGACGAAAUCGCGUGGGUGGAGUUUGCCUUUUUAUUUACUUUCUUUGGUAACUUGUACAAAAGAAAAUUAUUUUAUAUAUUAACUUUUUAUUAUUGUAUAUUAUUGAUAUUUACAAAUGUAUUAUAAAAAAAAAUACAACUAUUAAAUGUGCACUCAGGAAUAUAAUAAACUGUCCCUUGAUAGCAUUCAAAUAAAGAAAUAUUAAAAUUUGUUGAGACUAUUAGUUUUAAGUGUUUGAUUCUUUCACUUGACGAAAUGACGUGGGUGGGGUUUGUCAUUUUAUUUAUUUUCUUUGGUAACUUGUACAA